AUGACCUCAGAUGAAAUUGCGGGACGAAUAAUUCAAACAGCAAUGGCUGUUGCUUCCACACCAACUACAGAAGAGCGGUCUUUCCCUGGUAUCUUAGCCGCCACUCGGGCGUCCUUCAGACCUCGUCGUCGGCAGCAAUCUAUUCAAUUACAGUCAUCAAGGGUACUUCCACAACAAUUAACAAUAAAUAGAACGUGGUCUUGGAAUCAAUUAAAAGAUGAAAUUUUAAAUUUACUUUUACCACAUAUAAAAAACAUGAUAGAAAUGGUUGGUUUUGAUUUAGCUCGAUGUGACCGCCAAAAACAUCUUAAAAGGUUGGAAUAUUCGGAUGACGAUGACUUAGAAGGAGUCCUUAGUAGCGGAAUGAUCAUUGUGAUACCCAGAAAAGAUUUUCCAAAUGAUCUUCCUAUUAUUGAAGAACAUAAUGGAAAUAAUUCUAGAUCAACAAACAUGACAGACAAUGAUUUUGCACCAAAUGAAAGACAAAUUGUACCCCGAAGAAGUCUCAAUUUGUCCUUAAGCAGUCAAACACACCCAGAUAUACUAGACGAUGACUUUGAACCAAAUGAAAGACAAAUUGUACCCCGAAGAAGUCUCAAUAUGUCCUUAAGCAGACAAACACACCCAGAUAUACUAGAUGAUGACUUUGAACAGACUCAAAGACAAAUUGUAUCCCGAAGAAGUCUCAAUUUGACCUUAAGCAGACGAACACACCUGAAUAUACUAGAGGAAAACAAUUCUAACACAAAUGAAGAUGCACUUUCUUCUAAUGAAGAUGUAGAAGAACAUAUUGACAAUACAUAUAACGUAGAUGAACAAUUGGAACCAUACCUUAGUUUCCCAUUUAUACCAGAAGAAGCGGAAGUAAAAUUUAUUGAAAUAUCGCGACAAGAUAUAUUAGGAAAGAUGUUUGAACUUUACAAUGACAACUCAUUAACAAGCAGUAGAUUAUUGAUAAAAUUUAUUGAUGAGGAAGGUAUAGAUGGCGGAGGAUUAUUAUCAGAAAUGUUUACAAUAUUUUGGCGAGCACUAUUUGAAAGUGGUGAUUUUUUUAUUGGCAAUGAUGUACUAAUACCAUACAUAAAAUUAGAAAAAGAGAUGGAAAUAAUGCCAAAAUUGGCAACAAUAGGGCGAAUAUUAGGGCACAUGAUAAUGCUUACCAAUAAAAUGCCACCUAGACUUGCCCUUUAUACGUUACAUGCUUUGUCCAACAAACCCGACGAUUACACAGAUCAAGAACAACUAUUACUGUAAGACUUUUUAUUAUUUUUAAGCAUGCCUGAAAGAAAGCUGGUCCAAAAAGCUUUAAAGGAUUUUGAGAAGUUAACCAACAAUGAAAGGAAUCGACUGAUAAGUCUUUACACGACAUACGGCCUUUCUAAUGUUUUACCCACUCAAGAAAAUGUAAGGAAGCAUGUCCUACUUGUCGCAAAAAAAACUAUAAUUAAAAACACAAUCGACUUAUAUCAAAAAAUAAAGGAAGGGUUGCCAAAAGAUAUUGUAGAAUAUUUGACCAAUAUUCCUGUCGAUUAUGCCGUUAAUAUAUGGAAAAGUUUGCAGCCAACA